UCUUAGUGCAACAUUGUUUGUGAACAUUUGCUGUGAACAAAAAAAUAAUUAAAGUUUAAUAUACUUUUUACCAAAUAAAAUUUUAAUAUUAAAAUUAUAUUAAUUAAUAUGCAAAGUGAAAAACAUUGAAGAGUUAUUUUUGUAUUUUUGUAAUUACUAUGAUUUUAAAAAAUUUACAAGAAGUAAAAUUCAUUGAAUAAAAAUUAUUUAAAAUUAAUUAAUUUGUAGAAAGUGACAAAUUAAUUCUUCGCAUCGCAUAAUCCAAAAGAUGUAUAUCAGUUUAGAAAUUUUUUGUGGAAUAGUAGUAGCGCUUAUUGCACUCUACUAUUAUUUAACAGUUAAUAACAAUUUUUGGAAAAAUCGUGGAAUAGCUGGACCAGAACCCGUUCUAGGAUUUGGCAAUAUGAAGAAAGUAUUGUUAGGGAAAGAAUCGAUGUCACAAUUUCUUACAAAGAUAUACCAUGAAUAUAAGAACGAACCUAUAAUUGGAAUAUUUACAACAAGAACACCCCAAUUAAUUAUCAAAGAUCCAGAUCUUAUAAAAACUAUCUUGAUUAAAGAUUUCUCCAAAAUCAUGAAUCGAGGAUUACUGCCAAUGGUCUCGGGAGAGCCAAUAUCUCAACAUCUCUUCAACAUAGAGGCAGAAAGGUGGCGACCAUUAAGAAUACAUCUUACACCAGUAUUUACCGCCAAUAAACUCAGAGGAAUGUUUUCGUUGAUUCUCGAGUGUUCUAUGCAUUUCGUAAGUUACGUGGAUAGCUUAGUGAAGAAAGGAGAACCUGUCAAUGUGCGAGAAGUUGCCGCCAGAUUUACCACAGAUGUCGUUGGAAGCUGUGGUUUCGGCGUAGAAAUGAACUCGUUGUCGGAAAAAGAGAGCGAAUUUCGACGAGUUGGAAAAUCUGUUUUCGCUACAAAUUACGCGAGAAUAAUAAAACAUAGAAUCAGAGAGUUUAUGCCGCGAUUGUACAAUUAUAUUCUUUAUCUAUGGCCGACAGACGAAAUGGCGGAGAAAAUUAUAAAGCUAACGAGAGAAACACUGGAAUACAGAGAGAAGAACAAUCUCUUUAGGCCCGAUUUUAUGAAUAUACUAUUAGAUCUUAAGAAACAUCCAGAAAAGAUUGGCCUUGACGUAACAAAUGAAUUCUUGGCAGCGCAAGCAUUUAUUUUCUUCGUUGCCGGUUUCGAGACUUCGUCAUCAACGAUUAGCAAUGCUCUUUAUGAAUUAGCUUUGAAUCCUGAUGUUCAGGACAAGUUGCGAAAAGAAAUCAAAGAAUUCGCAGCAAAAAAUGACGGAGAAUGGAGAUACGAAACCAUAAAGGAAAUGGAAUAUUUGGGAAAAGUUUUUCAAGAAACUCUAAGAAAAUAUCCAUCUUUGCCAUUUUUGACUAGAGAAUUAAUUGAAGAUUAUACAUUCGAAAGUAAUAAAGUGACAAUUCCAAAAGGGUUAAAAAUAUGGAUACCCACUUACGCCAUUCAUAACGAUCCAGAUAUUUAUCCGGAUCCAGAUAAAUUUGAUCCUGAAAGAUUUUCGGAUGAUAAGAUAAAACAAAGACAUCCCAUGCAUUUUUUACCUUUUGGACACGGACCAAGAAAUUGCAUUGGUGCACGAUUUGCCAUAUAUCAAACAAAAAUUGGAUUGAUAAAUAUUCUUCGUAAUUUCAAGCUUGAUGUUUGCGACAAAACGUUAAUUCCUUAUAAACAUCAUCCACGUGGUUUACUUUUAAUGCCUUUGACGGAUUUAUAUUUGAAGAUAACUAGAUUGACAAAUUAAUGAUUUUUUAAUUUAAACAUUAUUAUUAUUUAGUAAAACGCAUUAACAAUAAAAAUAUAUAGUAGUAGAUAUAGUAGAUAUAGUAGAGAUAGUAUAUUCAACAAUGUAAAUAAAACUAUUAUGUAAAACAUAAUAAUAUAAUAAUUAUAUUAUGAUUUAUUGAAAGUGUUAUCUAUUUUCAUUUUUGAAACUAUUUUUUUCUAAAAUUUUAUCCAUAUUAUCGUUUCUCAAAAAUAAUAAUGAAAUUAUAUUGUUUAAUAUAAAUUUUUUAACUAUAAAAAUUAUCUAUUGUCAUUUAUCAUUAUAUCUUAUCGAAAAAUGAGCUUCUAUUUUUUGAACUAUAAUUAAAAAAAUAUAUAUUUAUAUACAAAUAAGUUUCAAAAAUCAAAUAGAAAUCGUGGAAUUUAACGUUAUUUUAACGUAUCUUUACACGAUAAAACAGAAUAAAAAUUAAGAAUUAUCUCGUGAGUUUCUCUAAUGAAAUGUUUUAACAAAAGAUAGCGCUAACGAUGAAUUUUUAUUUGAAUAUACUAUUUAUUCUUCUAUUUA